ACACAAUUAACAUAUAACAAUAAUUAAUUUUUAUAUUAAAUACAAAAAAUCCGUUCAGGGAUUGGCACUCCUGCGCAUAAUUGACACAAAAAAGGUGACUACUUUGACAUUUAUUUAGGUUAUAACAAUUGUAGUUGCAAAACUCGAUUCCGUCCAUUUACUGCCAUAAAACCCCCUUUUCGCACAAUGGGGGCCUCAUAAUGAUUAUUUUUAUAAUUCGGAGCACCCGUAGCCUUAGCCAGUCGUGCCACAACCCCGAUGAAGACUAAUUGAGCCCCUUGUGGCUGGGACAUGAACCAGCAACUCAUGGAACGUCUCUCACCGCAACCUGGGGGCUGUCCUCUAGUCCACUUGGGCCAUACUUCCUCCGACGAGACAGCCCCUUGCAACGAGAGUUUCGAAUGCAAACAAUACUACCAGGCGCACUUUAACGAGCAACCAAGUAACCCCCUUGACCUGUCAUCCUUAUCCCUCGGAAGUGGCUAUUGGGGUUACAGUGAUGCUCCCAAGUACUACCGCGCCCCCUCGAAUUACCUCCUUGACAAUUUCACAAAGUUGGGCAAGUCGAGCCCCAGUCUUGACCAGGGGUACCACACCCUGGCCUUCGCCCCACCCGAAGGUAACAUUUUCAAAGGGAAAAAGUAUCAGAAUAAGAAUAAUUCGUUUGAUCGCUUGACUGAUGAACUGAUUAUCCGGAUUUUUUCGUUUUUGUCGAGCAUUGAUUUGAGCAUUUGUGCCAUGGUUUGCCGGAGGUUCAAUAUCCUGGCGUGGGUGCCCUCUCUAUGGCGGAUAAUCAGACUCGAGGGGGACCACGUGAGGGGCGACAGGGCCAUAAGGGGGAUUCUGCGCCAGCUGUGCGGUCAAAUGGACACGUGCCCCAACAUCGAGCGCAUCCACGUGACCUUUGGGGCCAAAAUCUCCGACAAAAGUCUGCUCAUGUUGGCCCGCCGGUGCCCCGAACUCACCCACUUGCAGUUAAUCGGGUGCACAGUCACAAAUAACGCACUUUUCGAGCUCGUCACUCGCUGUGCGAACCUCCAGCAUUUGGACGUGACCGGCUGCGUGAAAAUCUCCUGCAUUAGUAUAAAUCCAGGGCCGGACUCGUCGCGCCGCCUCCAAGUCCAAUACCUCGACCUCACCGACUGUUCGGGCUUGCAGGACAGCGGCCUGAGGGUCAUCGUGCACAACUGCCCCCAACUCACACACCUUUACCUCCGCCGCUGUGUGCAGAUCACCGACGCGGGGCUCAAAUUUGUGCCCAGUUUCUGCACGGAUUUGAAGGAGUUGAGUGUCAGUGAUUGUGUCAACAUCACCGACUUUGGCCUCUACGAAUUGGGCAAACUCGGCCCUGUAUUGCGCUACUUAUCCGUGGCCAAAUGCCAUCAAGUGAGCGAUGCGGGACUCAAGGUCAUCGCUCGAAGGUGCUACAAGUUGAGGUAUUUGAACGCGAGGGGCUGCGAAGCUGUCUCAGACGACGCUAUUAUUUUCCUUGCGAGGUCUUGCACUAGGUUGUGUGCUCUAGACAUAGGGAAAUGUGACGUCAGUGAUGCCGGAUUGAGGGCUCUCGCUGAGAGUUGCCCCAACUUGAAGAAGUUGAGUCUGAGGAGUUGUGAUCUUGUGACGGAUCGGGGGGUGCAAUGCGUGGCGUAUUUCUGCAGGGGGCUUCAACAGCUCAACAUCCAGGAUUGCCAGAUCACGUUAGAGGGGUACAGGGCUGUUAAAAAGUAUUGCAAAAGGUGUGUGAUUGAGCACACCAAUCCAGGAUUUUUCUAAAAGCCAUUUUAUCAACUAAUGUAUUUUUAUAUUGAGAUUGUUAACUAUUUAUUUUUGUAUAUUUUUGUAUAUUACUAUUGGUCGGUCUUCUGUGAAAUAUAAAAGAACGGAUAAUUUUUUUGGAAAAU